CAGAUCUCGACUCAUAGCGGCGGAGCACGGGCAGGGAGCAGCGCGCAGGGAGGAGGACCUAUGUCGAUUCGCCAAGGUGCCUGGAAAAUUGAAGGCAACGCUGCAGGAGACAGCUUUAAGAUUUUUUGGGGCCUGCCAAUUAGGUCUCGUUUCAGGGUCGAUUAACCCGUGUUUUUAUUCACUGUGAAAUAGAGCCCGUUAUUUAUCCCGCAAGAUGGGUAAUAGGGGAAUGGAGGACUUGAUUCCUCUGGUAAACAGACUGCAGGACGCCUUCUCUGCCAUCGGACAAAAUGCCAACCUGGAUCUUCCUCAGAUCGCAGUGGUUGGCGGCCAAAGCGCCGGGAAAAGCUCGGUUCUGGAGAACUUCGUCGGGAAGGAUUUUCUGCCUCGCGGCUCUGGUAUUGUCACUCGGCGCCCCCUGGUGCUGCAGCUCAUCAACUGCCCUACUGAAUAUGCUGAGUUUUUGCAUUGCAAAGGGAAGAAGUUUACAGAUUUUGAUGAGGUUCGUCAGGAAAUUGAGGCAGAGACGGAUCGUAUCACUGGCCAAAACAAAGGCAUUUCACCGGUCCCUAUCAAUCUACGCGUCUAUUCACCUCAUGUUUUGAAUCUCACUCUUGUGGACUUGCCUGGUAUGACCAAAGUGCCGGUUGGGGACCAGCCACAUGACAUCGAGUUUCAGAUCAGGGAUAUGCUAAUGCAGUUCGUGACUAAGGAGAACUGCUUGUUGCUGGCUGUGUCUCCUGCCAACUCUGACCUGGCCAACUCAGAUGCCCUCAAGAUUGCCAAGGAGGUGGACCCUCAGGGUUUGAGAACUAUAGGUGUGAUCACUAAAUUGGAUCUAAUGGAUGAAGGAACCGAUGCACGUGACAUCCUGGAGAACAAGCUUCUUCCUUUACGCAGAGGUUAUAUUGGGGUUGUGAACCGCAGUCAGAAGGACAUUGAUGGCAAGAAGGACAUCACUGCUGCAAUGGGGGCGGAGAGGAAGUUCUUCCUCACCCAUCCAGCCUAUCGACACCUGGCUGAUCGCAUGGGGACUCCGUACCUGCAGAAAAUUCUUAACCAGCAAUUAACUAACCACAUCCGAGACACUCUGCCAGGACUGAGGAACAAACUUCAGAGCCAGCUGCUCUCCAUCGAGAAGGAGGUGGAGGAGUACAAGCACUUCCGCCCCGAUGAUCCUUCUCGCAAAACCAAGGCUCUGCUGCAGAUGGUCCAGCAGUUUGCGGUGGAUUUUGAGAAGUGUAUUGAGGGUUCGGGAGAUCAGGUGGACACGGUGGAGCUGUCUGGAGGUGCGAGGAUCAAUCGCAUCUUUCAUGAACGUUUCCCCUUCGAGCUUGUUAAGAUGGAGUUUGAUGAGAAAGAGCUGCGCAAGGAGAUCAGUUAUGCCAUCAAGAACAUCCACGGUAUCAGAACCGGUCUGUUUACUCCAGACAUGGCCUUUGAGACUAUUGUUAAACGGCAGAUUGCAAAGAUCAAAGAGCCAUGUCAGAAAUGUGUGGACCUUGUCAUCACUGAGCUGGUCAAUACAGUCAGGCAGUGCACCAAGAAGCUGGCUCAGUACCCCAUGCUUAGAGAGGAAAUGGAGAGGAUUGUCACCCAGCACAUCCGAGAUCGAGAGAGUCGCACUAAGAAUCAGGUCAUGUUGCUAAUUGACAUUGAGUUAGCCUACAUGAACACUAAUCAUGAGGAUUUCAUCGGUUUUGCGAAUGCUCAGCAGAGAAGCAGUCAGAUGAAUAAGAAGAAAGCCGCUGGCAAUCAGGAUGAGAUAAUGGUGAUCAGAAAGGGUUGGCUGACCAUCAAUAAUAUUGGCAUCAUGAAAGGAGGAGCGAAGGAAUACUGGUUUGUCCUGACCGCUGAGAAUCUGUCCUGGUACAAAGAUGAUGAGGAGAAAGAGAAGAAGUACAUGCUGCCAUUGGACAACCUGAAGCUCAGAGACAUAGAGAAGAGUUUCAUGUCCAGCAAGCACGUGUUUGCUCUCUUUAAUACAGAACAAAGGAACGUUUAUAAAGACUACAGGCAGCUUGAGUUGGCUUGCGACACUCAGGAGGAGGUGGACAGCUGGAAGGCGUCCUUCCUACGUGCUGGAGUUUACCCAGAGCGCAUCACUGAUAAAGAGAAGCAGAGUGAUGCUAGCGAGGAGAACGGCUCAGAUGGCUUUAUGCACUCCAUGGAUCCUCAGCUUGAGAGGCAGGUGGAGACCAUCAGGAACCUUGUGGAUUCCUACAUGGCCAUUGUCAACAAGACUGUGCGGGACCUCAUGCCCAAGACCAUCAUGCAUCUCAUGAUCAAUAAUACUAAGGAGUUCAUCCACGCUGAGUUGCUGGCUAACUUGUACUCAUGCGGAGACCAGAACUCUCUGAUGGAGGAGUCAGAAGAACAGGCUCAGCACAGGGAGGAGAUGCUGCGCAUGUACCACGCUCUGAAAGAGGCUCUCAACAUCAUCGGGGAUAUCAGCACCACCACCAUCACCACGGCCAUGCCCCCGCCGGUGGAUGACUCCUGGCUGCAGGUACAAGGAGGACCUUCAGGGCGCAGAUCUCCCAUGUCUAGUCCCACUCCCCAGCGUCGGGCCCCGCCUGGGCCCCCUCGUCCAGGUGGACGCACCGCCCCAGGACCCCCUUCCGCUGGAGCGCCUCCUGUGCCAUCCAGACCUGGAGCCUCUCCUGACCCCUUCGGCGCCCCCCCGCCCCAGGUCCCCUCUCGUCCCAACCGCGCCCCACCGGGUGUCCCAAGAAUUUCUAUCAGUGACCAAUGAGGAGUUACGCAAAUGGUAUGUCCGACAUAUUGUCUGUAUGUGACAUCACACCGUCCUUGCAUGGAUCCAUCUUUAAAUGUGUUAACAUCUGUCAUUCACUAGAUAUGAUUAUACCAGGUUAUCUAUUACUGUCAAUUCAUAAUUUAAACUAUGCUUAAAACGGUCUUUUAAUUGUAUAAGGAAGAGAUACUUGUCUUAGAUGUAUUUUAUAGAUUUACUUUCUAGCAAUAAUUGUAUUUAAGUUAACGUGUUUUUUAAACAAUAAAUAAUAAUUGAAUAUCUUUUUUUUUACUAUUUAAUGUCAUUGACUUAAAUACAAAAAGUUGUAUUUAAGUAUACUAUAAAAUACUAUUAUUUUUUGUAAUUUGUAAUUAUUCUGUUUUAUUGUUAGAUUUAAUUUAGCAGUCAUAAUUUCAUUUCAUUUAGGCAAUAUAUACUUUUCUUAAUACUUGGAAUGUGACAUGCCGUUUAUGUUGUCGUGUGAUGUGUGUUCCUGACACAUUUUCACUAUUAUAAUUUAGUUUUAUUUAGGUAUUUUUCACAGAAAGUAUGAGACUUAACAUGCCAAAUGCUCUGCUAAUUCGCAUAUAGCUUACUUGUGAAACAUCAAGCCCGUGUAAAUCGGAUUAAACAGCUUCAGUCCAAGUUGCAUUGUAACUAAAUUAUAAGGAUUUAUCAUUCCUAUGUGUGUUAAAUAAUGUGACAUUAGUAGUUCACGAAUCUCUGACGAAUCCACCUUGUGUGUCGUACGGUAUAUUUUCACUUUCAGAGUUCAUUGUUACUGCCUUCGUCUUCAUAUUCUUUUGUGUUGUUCCUAACUGUGUCUUUUCCCCUGUUGUCUGCCUGUCCUCCUGUUCAUACGUCCGCGUCCAUCAAUCUGUGUGUUGUCAUCUUUGAAGUCGGAGAGCGCCAGCCUCCCCCACCAGAUCCUACAGAGACUCGCUCGCUGAGCUUUAACACUGGCGACCGGCAGACAGAGGAAAACCACUGACCCCUCUGCCACUGUAUCACACGCAUGCACGCAAGCACAGUCCGCAUACGUAUCACAUGUUUACUUGAAAGAGCGCUUUCGCUCUUCUAAAAUGACACAACGGGAAUAUUAUAUAUUGAUCUAAUAAUUGUAUACCGUUCACAUUCACAUGAGCGUAGAUGUGGUGCCAUUGUAUUCCAUUACCAGCAUAUAUCCUGUAUUUAGGAACGAAGAACACUAGUUAUGAAACUCACAGGGAUUGUCCACGCACCAGCCUAUGUCACUGUCUGCUUCUACUUUAUUGACAUGGACGCUAGGGGACACUGAUACAUUUUUGCCUUUAUUAGCAACAACCAAGCCUUAACCAGCAUCUGACCAGUUUUUAACCCCUGAAUAAAAGUGACCUGCAUGUUUUUCUUUUACAUUUUCAUGUCGCUUGUCCUACCUCUUCAUUAAAUUCUAUAGUAAAUUAUAACUAUAGUAUAUAAAUUCUUCAGUCAUAUUUUCUUUCUUAGCAAAUUGAUUUAAUAUGGUCCGUAUUAAUGUCUGAAUGUUAUAUCGCACCAUUAUAAGACUGAUUUACAUGAAAAGCAUUUAUAGUAAAUCAUACAAAUGUAUGCGAAAAUAUUCAGAACUGGUUUAAAAUAAUUUAAAAAAAGGCGUGUAAGAUGUGUGGUUAAAAAUAAAGUACAUUUUGAACGAUUUGUCAGGAUAAUUUGAACGUCUUUCCACCCAAGGAAAAAAAAAAGGCUAAAAGAAUUGUGAAUGGACUUGUUAAGGAAUCAGAAUUUAGAGAAAUCAGAGCUUGAAAAAUCGUAUAUAUUUUAAAAGAGAAAAAAAUGAUAAAUAAUAUUCACAUUUGUCAUCACCAUCACAUUCACAAACGCUAAUAUUAAUUUAAGAGAACGAAACAAGCUGUCAUACCCACUUGACCCAUUCUUCCUACUACCCAUGCUGUCAUUUCCCAAGCUUCUUUCCUUUUUUGGGGGGCUUUUAUUUGUUGUUCUUUUUAUCUUUUAGCCGUCCAAACAAAGGAAGCCCUUCUCACAGUGAGAAUCCACAUCCUUCAUUUGACUCUUAGAGCCAAUCGUCCUUCCUCCUCCUCCUCCUCCUCCUCCUCUCUUUCUGUCUCUCCACUGCCUCUCUUUCUCUUUCCUUUUCCUCUGACCAAGUGCAUCCUGGGAUUGCCGAAUGCCAAGAGUUACAGCAGCAGCAAACACAGACGAGGUGGCUGAAAGAAAAGAGCACGUUCCCUCUCUCUCUCUGUACUAUAUACACUAAUCACAUUGCAACGGGCGUCUGAAUAAUAAGCCCAGCGUGGACUUGUGUCAACUUAUGAAGUCACUACAAUGUUAAUUAUACUGAAGAUGCUGUGUGGUGUUUGUGUUUACACACUAGUCAAUGUCGACUUGAUCUAUAUAGAGGUGUCACACGAGCUAAAGGUGUAAGCUUACAUUCCUGUCUGCACGCAAGUAUACGGGAUAGUGCAUACACAAAAUAAACGUCGCCAUUUUUGCACUUGUUAUGUGGUACUGUGUGUGAAUGUAUUCUUCCUCAAAGUCUGAAUGUUAUUUGAUCCCACAGUGUUUGUUUUGGCCACAAUGUCUCCUGUAUUUUACCUAGCAAACUAAUAAUUCAUGUCUGAUUGAAAUGUACAUAUAUUAGAAUAUAUAUAUAUAUAUAUAUAUAUAUAUAUAUAUAUAUAUAUAUAUAUAUAUAUAUAUAUAUAUAUAUAUAUAUAUAUAUAUGUAUAUAUAUAUAAAUGAAGUGUCUGGUAUGAAAAAAGUCUCAGAAUUAUGUUCAUGAUGGUGCAAUUUAUUUAUUUAUUGAUGCAGUAGUGGGAAAUGUCCAACCAAAGAGAAUGGUUGGUGAAUCAGUUUGCCUGCGGUUUAAAUGUUGUCGAUCAAUAAGUUCAAGAAACCCUCAUACCCUGACACAAGCUUAAAUGGAUAUAGCAUCUGUUCUGACUGGUUAUGUGGUGAACAGAUUCUGUUACUGUGUUGAUGUGUAUUUGUUGUGCAUCUCUGGGAGUUGUGCUUCUGUUGCCUUGUGUCGACAUGUACAUUUACUAAGUAUAAAUAAUGAAGUCAUUGUAUUGAAAAUGAACUGAUUGUAAAAUACAGGUUUAUGGUUAGUAUGUGUGUGUAUAUACAUACUGUACAUGGAGGGGUCCGGAUCUCCACUUUGUAGUGGAACGGGUGUAUGUGAAUCUUACUGCUGCCGUGUGUAUCUUAUUGUGGUCUGGUGUCGUAAACUGGCCAAUGCUUUGUGAUGAAAUUAAAGUGUCUUUGUGUGGAAGAUGA